CCGCCUAGCCUUUGGAUUUGAUUUGUGAAACAGUAGGAGUUCUAAAUAUAUUCUACCAUGGAAAACAUUGAAACCCUUGAGGAAUUUGUCCAACAAACCCAGCGUAAAAUUGAUCGCCUAAAUGACUUUAUUGCUUUAAGUCUGCGACAAAAAAAUAUAACGAAGGAGUUAAGGCAAAUCAUUGAUAAAGCCGCAAACAUUAAGGACACCUUGAUAUUAGCACACCAAUCCAUGCAGGAAGAGAUGAAAAAAGUUCAAGAAGACUGUGAGAAUGUAAUGUCGGAAAUGAGAAAAAAACAAAUUGUAAUCAUGGAUUAUGUUAUAAAGGAAAAACAACGCAAACUUAGGGAAGCCGAAGAGGAGCAAAAGAAAGUUCAAUUGUUGCUUAGUUGUGGUAAAAGUGUUAAGAGUGUCGUUGGCGGUAGUGCUGUUAAGUCCUCGGCAGUUAAAAGACUUGGUACCGACAUGGCUAGUUUAAAUUUAAAUCACGUAGGCGGAAUAACGCCAAGAUUGAAGAUCAGCGACUACAAAAACUCACCACUGGUCAAGAAGAAAAUUGCUCCCAUUCCUAUAUUAUUUGCGGAAUUUGAUGUACAUAUUACCCAGCAGCAAUUCGAUAAAAUACCUAAAUACAUGUGUGGCCGUGAAACUGUGGACCAAUUAAACGGAUUUUUGGAAUCUGUAAUUAUACCAUGCUUUAACGAAAAAUACCAACUGAUACACAAACAACGCAAUAUUUUACGCAGCAACGAUUUGGAAUUGUGGAAAAUGUACAAUGAACAGGCCAGUUAUUUGCCAGGCAAAUAUUUCAUAACACCUGGAGAUAUUGGCCGACAUCAGAAUAAAAUGUUGGAUAAGAAAACUCAAAAUCGUUUAACAAUGCUCCGACAUAUUGGCAUACUUCAGGAACAACGCGUCAAGCAGACCGUAUGUUAUGUUUGGUCACAUAAUGGUUGAGGUCACACAAGUUGGUGUUUUCGUACCUCAUAAACAUAAAAGCAAAAUGUAAAACUUGAUUGUAUAGGCAAUAUUUCAAUAUAAUUGUAAAAUGCAAAUAUAUUUUUGUAUGGAGCCAUGAUGCUCUUUAACAUACAUGUAUCGUACUACGAUAAAGAUAUAGUGUUUAAAAUAUAUGUUUUUUGUUAAUUUAUUAAAAUUUUAAUA